GUGCGCAAGGUGCAAUGCCUAGCUUGCUACGAGCACCAAAUGCCUUCCGCUUUUCCCACCAAGAUUACUGCAGAGUGCAAUCAUCCAUCGCUUAUCUGCAUUGAAUGCGUCCAGGGAUCCCUAUCAGCUCAGGUUUCUGACACAAAUACCCGCAUCACCUGCCCAAAUGCAGAUUGCCAUCUGCAGCUAACCCACGAGGAUAUAAGGAAGCAUGCGACCUACGAGACCUUCGCCCGCUAUGACACCAUUAUCAACCGCGAGGCAAUUCGUGCAAUGCCCGGCUUCACUCCCUGCCCUAAGGCCAAAUGUGCCGGCGGCCACUUCCACGAGAGUCCCGAGGCUGAGAAUAUCUUCACCUGCGAAGUCUGCAAGACAAAAUACUGCGUCCUCUGCAACGUACCUUUCCACACCGGUCGGACCUGCGUGGAGUACGCCGAGUUUGUCAGCGCCGCGCCCCAGCGGAGAGAAGAAGAGGCGAAAUCGAAGGCCUACAUUGAGAAGACCACAAAGAAAUGUCCUGGGGAAAAUUGCGGUUGGAACAUUGAGAAGAGCGAGGGCUGCGAUCAUAUGACAUGCCGGAGGUGUGGCCACGAAUUCUGCUGGAUAUGCUUCGCCCCUUGGGCUCCGAUAGUUGCUCGGGGAGGGAGCAACGCGCUUCAUAAUCCGCACUGCAAAUACUAC